AUGCGACCGGAUUAUAUAGCCAGGCUUAUCAUUGCUGAUGAUUUGCGCUUGAAGGACGAGUACAAGGAAUCUCUCAAGCCUCGCCCGAAAUCGACAGUUCCGUCGAAAGAGAAGGUGACGACAUGGUGGAAGACUAUGGAUCCAGUCGACAUGGAAGCAUGGGAGCGGGAUAGGUUUUUGAAGGCGCAGAUUCCUUUCAAGAGGAUGAGACAUGUCGAGGCCGAUGUGAAGGCUUGGAAGAUGCGUCCUGGCAAUAAGUUGCGGCCCGCAUUGGGAGUUCAGCUUAUUGAGCUCAUCGAGAACAGUAAUAAUGUGGUUACAUUGGCGCAUCUGAUGUCACCGUUCUGCUAUGUUGGCGAGCACGCGUUGUUCCGUGGAGACUAUAAGGCCACAGCGGCGGAUAUCUGCGCUAAGGCAGUUGUGAGAUUACGGAAGAAGAAAAUUGAAUCUUGUAUAGUGGUGAUAACUCAAUCCUUGUCUCGACUCACUCUCACAGCUGAAGUCCACAGAGCAUGGGACUCAGUGUUGCUACCAGCCAUAAGCGGCUUGAAAACUAAGGAUCUUGCGAAGCAGGCGGUUCUCCCACCACAUCUCCGUAUGGCGAAGUCAGAAUGCACUGAGUUCGAUCUCGCUGUGCUCAUCUUGAGAGCAUUGGUCCAGUCCGGUUUCUUACCCAGGACUGUCGCCGAGAUCGAGAAACUGUGUCAGCUUCUGGGUAAAAGUCUGAAAUCGGCUAAGUCAGUCAAGGUGCAGUCAGCCGGGAUGUUGGCUAGACUUAUGAUGAGGGCUGAGGUGAACGAUACAGCUUUGAUAGCCCAGCUGCUCAACAGUGUUGAUCGAUGGCAGGAAGAGGGAACGACUCGACGGGAGCUCGCUGUGGCGGGAGGUUCUCUAAUAUUUGCAAGAGCUCACUUCUCACGAGAGCCGCUAAGUAAAAAGGAGCUGAAGGUGGUGGAUGCUUUGUGGAACCGAUGCAAGGACGUUGUGGAUGAUUUGUCCCAGGGUGAGAGACUCCUCCUGUUGAAUGCUAUACAUGCUACGGGCAGCCCUAGCAUACUUGAGAACGAUGCAGACUAUGAGACUGCCUUGAGGAGACACCUUCUACCAGAGUAA